AUGGAAGAAGAUGGGGGUCUGUCGUCCGGCUGUGAGGAAGACGAUGCAGACGAGGAAGCGGCGCGUUUUAGACGGAAGUUCACCGGAUGGUUCUUUAAGCGGCCCUUUGAGCGGAUUCCUCGGGGAAACGUUGCAGAUUGGCUAGCGUGGUCGGCCUUCAACAAGCAUGCUCGUCAGUUGAGUGAAGAACAAAAGCAGGUGGUGGAAUCUUUGUUGGUGUACCUUGAAGAGCGUGCACGAUGUCCAUUGACCCCUGGAUACAGCAAAAAAGUGAAGAGCAUUCGAUUGACGCUGGAUCCGAUACCCUUUGUACCACGGCCGUUGCUGUUUUACUUGGUGGUUGGUAUGCUCAACCUGCAUGCUCGAUACAAGCUCAGCAGGCUUGGUUUCACGCUCAUCAAGCGACCUGUGCAAGACUACCGUUUCGAGUACUUUCAUCGACCAGGCAGCAAGGAUUCCACACAAACGCCGCUGUUAUUUCUGCAUGGACUCGGCAUGGGCGUUGCGCAGUACCUGCGCUUCAUUCUUGCCUUGGAACGACGAUUUCCUGGUCGUGAAUUGUUCCUACUUGCUCAGGGACAGAUUAGUAUGUUGCCCACACACCGACACUGGCUGCGUCCACCGUCGAGUCAAGCGACUGUACGUUUAUUUGAGGAAAUGGCCGAUGUGCAUAGCAUCAAUGGGAAGGGCGGAUGGACCGUAUUGAGUCAUUCAUUUGGAUCGAUUCCACAUGCUUGGUUAUUGAAGCAGAGUCCGUGCCUUGCUCAACAGGCAAAAGCACACGUCAUGGUGGAUCCCAUCUGUUUUCGACUUUGGGAAUCAGACGUCUGCUAUAAUUUUCUUUAUCGACGACCACGCAAUGCCAUGCAGCUCAUCAUGUCUUACUUUGUUGGGAAGGAGCUCGGUAUUAGUUAUACCUUGCACCGUGCCUUUUUUUGGUAUGACAAUCUACUCUUGCCGGAGGAGUUGCGGAGUACUGGACGGGCAGGAGGCAUGAUGAAUGACUUGGUGGUGUACCUCGGUGGUCGGGAUGAGAUUAUUGAUGCGCGUGCGAUUCGAGGGUACUUGGAGCAAGCAGAGGGUGUCAAGGUACGGUAUUAUCAUGAUCAUGCGCACGGCAAGUUGUUGAAUGCUGGGCACCUCGGAGGUCAAGGGCUGAGGGAUGUGUUGCGAGCGAUUGACCAACCCGCAAAGACAUAG